GCUUUACUCGAAGGCUGGUAUGCUUCUAUUGCUAUUUCUAUCUCUUCACUGUGGAUUCUGCAGCUUGCGCUCCUUGCUGGGCUUCUGAAUGGAUUGUGCUUGAUUUUGGGGUUUCAGCUACGAUCCGGUGGCUGUUUGUUUACCCUCAUCUAACCCCCCCUCUCCAGGGGUUUCUGUGACGGACAGGCUCCAAAAUUCUAGAUUAUUCAUGACGAAUUUUGCCCAUUCUUCGCACUCAAAUCAUUUCCCUCGUCAUUCGUUACUUUACUCGCCCUCUACUUUCUCUAUCUACUGUCAUUGAAAUCAUAAUCGAACCCUUCGGGUCUAUUUACGGCUAAUCCCUCGCACAAGCCGACCGCGACGUUCUUUCCCCUUUUCUUAGACCGAUCUCGCUCUUCGACAUAGCUAUCAUUCUCAAAGAUGGCGUCGCCUUCGCUUACGGACUUAGAGCAGCGGAAUCGGCUCCCGACUCUCUUUGAAGUCCUUAGCCGUCGUACACUAGCUCCUGUCGAUCUUUUUUCGUUUUACAUUUACAUGCGAGACCAGCAGCGCUCGGUCGAUUAUCUGGACUUCUGGCUCGAUGUUUCGCAACAUAUGUCUUUGUGCCGUCAUUAUGUUCGAGAGUUACGCCGAUCCGUUCUAGUAGCCACGCCCGACUUGGAGAAAGCGGAUAGCAAAGGUUCCUCUGAUCCCUUAGGGAACCUCGAGACUUUCGGCGAUAUACCUUUGGUGGAAGCUGGACCCUCUGGUUUGCGCCACGGAAAUCAUGAGUUGGAUGAUCAGGACGCCGAUCAAAGAUUAUCGGCAUUCCUGCGUUCUGAUAGUCAUAAUCCAGGGCACUCGCCCCAAGGCAGCCUUGGUUCACAGAAUGCCGCCCGUACACCAUCUAAUGAACAGCCACCUCGCCCAAGCUUUGGAACGCGAAACGAUUCUACGUCGCCGGGCCAUACCGUGGCACGGGCCGAUAUUCGUGCAAGUGCAGAGAAGAUUCUGUAUACAUACCUGCUUCCGGGUGCAGAAAGAGAAAUCGUACUGCCGGAGGAGAUGGUAUCUACAAUCAUCAAUUUGGUUGAGGAUGAUGGCCGAGAUGACCCAGAAGUAUUCGAUCCGGCGAAAGACUAUGUUUUCCAGGCCAUGGAGCGCGAUGCAUUCCCAGGGUUUUUGCAGGCGAAGGCCCUGGGUAACCUUGUCCCGCUGAGUACCGUUGCCCGUCUUGCCUUUGCGCUAGUAAGCUUUGGUGGCGGAUUUUGGGGUGCCUUCUACGUUGUCCUCCGCGACAAGCCAAGGCACAUCCGUUGUUGGUUGAUACUUCCUUUUAUCAUCGCAUCCUAUUUUAUUGUCUCAUAUCAGUACAAGAUCGAUCCUGUCAUGGCAUUUCUGGGAUACAGCGAAUAUACCUUUAUGAACUGGUCGCCGAUCCGUGAACCUUACGUGCGAAAGCUCUUGAACAAACGCGCCACGGCAACCAUACUGAUCGCUGCAUUCGUCGCCACCGCGCUCAGUGUCCUGUUCAUUUUUGUUCCUGGUACCAUGCUCUAAGCUCACUAGAUGCCAAAUUCUGGGCCAAGUCUCUGGGUCUCACUUCGGUGCCUCUAUUGGAAGGUUAAUGUGAACCUUGUAAUCCGGCUGCCAACAGCCGGCAGAUCUAAUCAUAUGGCUACGAAGUAUGGCAUACAAGAUCUGAUGUGGUCUUGGCUCCGACCACCCAGCUCUUCUGGAAACCGCGACGUGUUGCACUGAACCGGGUGGUCAAACAUGCGAAAGAAAUGCAUAUAUUAUCCCCCGUCAUAGCAACGGACUUAUGAACUCGAAACCUUAUGAUCAGCUGGCAUUGUACCCUAGGUUCAUGGAUCUGAAUGCGCUGAGUCUCGGGUCAGUGGUCCGUCUACCUUUGCUCUGUCCAUAUCGGCUUCUCUUCUUCCCCACUACCUUUUUUCCAAUUUGCUUUCUAUUUCUUUUCCAUUUAAAUUCCGAGAAUACCCCUUUUCUGCUAUAAUUGUCCGUUAAACGACCUUCAGCGAGCCUUUUGGUUUAGUGUUCAGUGCAUGAUAGUUAGGCUAUACAAUGUGUCAUAAAUAAUCGGAGUAAUAUAUUCUGACGUGGAAUCUCUACAAGAUCGGGGGGAACAAGUAAAGGAUCUAAAAAGGCCGUUGACAUCUCAUUCGUACGUAGUGCUUGC